AUGGAUGCAUACUACUUUUGCUACUACUUUACUUUAUUACUUUACUACGGUUCAAAACGGUUUGAAGUUCGUGGUUUCAGCGACGCUUCUUGCUUAGCUUAUGCUGCUGUUUUAUACUUGAGAGUUCUAACUAACCCAGCACCGAAUCAAGCCAACACUGUAGCCUUCUGGCGCGGCCUGUGGUCAGAGCCCGUAAACCACAGCGAGGGCGCUUGGACGGAAGUUGUGGCGAGUCAGUUUGCGAGUAUAACGCCCAUGGACUUCGUCAUUAUAACACCGGAUGACGUAGCUGAGGCGGUCCGUAGGGCCCGAACUGGAAAAGUCCGAGACUCGAUGGGCUGCAUCACUACUGGCUGA